AUGCCGCUGGUCGACGAGAUCGGUGUCGAUGCCUGCGGCGGUGCCUCUGAUUUCUGGUACGACGUCUCGACCAAGAUACGCAAGCUCGUGGUGUCCCAUGAACGUUCCGGCUUCCCGCGCAUUUCACAGCUUAUCUUCACUGGGACGUCUGCUUCGGACGCGUGCUUCCGUCAUGUCGUUCGAGAUGCGCUGUAUGAUCUUGUCAGCGAAAGCGCCAUGGCCGUCGGGGACAGACCGAGCAACUCCUCCACGGCUGAGGGGCAAUGGAAGACGUUGUUUGAGUUCGCGACUGCUCGAGGAGCAGCAGAAAUGGCUAAGCGUAGGCAAGAGGGACCUAUUCUAUGCAAGCAGACAGACGCUUGCAGAAAGCGUAGGGAGGGGACAUAUGCCACGAGGUUUCCGACAACAAUGAGUCUAUCUCUGUAUUAG